UUGGUUAAAUCUUGGGCGACCAAUUCGACGUCACAGAACUGAAGCUCUUUUUUCUAUUGAGCGAAAUGGCAACUGUGUUGAGACGAGCAGCCAGGUUGGAGUUUUCUGGAGUUCUGUCACUGUUCUCUGCAAGCUGUAGACAUGGGAGACCCUACGCUUUGUCACACGUGGCUUUCAACGAUAGACAUUUAUCAACUUCGUCAAAAGUAAAAGUGGACCUGGACAACAGUAAUGGCAUUGCUGUAAUGAAGUUUGAUAAUCCUCCUGUCAACAGUAUGAGUCUAGACUUUCUAACCGAGUUUUCCAUCAACCUGGAGAAGCUUGAGUUGGACAAGAGCUGCAGAGGAGUCAUUCUGACCUCUGCACAGCCAAGGAUAUUCUCAGCAGGCCUGGACAUUAUGGACAUGUACGGGACGAGUCCAGAACACUGCGGGGCUUUCUGGAAGGCUGUUCAGGACAUGUGGCUCAAACUGUACGGCUACAGCAAGAUCACAAUCGCAGCCAUCAACGGUGCCAGUCCUGCAGGGGGUUGUUUAAUGGCUUUAUGUUGUGACUACCGGAUCAUGGCUGACGAUCCUCGCUACAGCAUAGGCCUCAAUGAAACGCAGCUCGGCAUAGUGGCUCCUUUCUGGUUUAAGGAUACCUUGCUGAACACAGUGGGCCAUAGAACAACGGAGCUAUCUCUUCAGAUGGGCAUAAUGUACCAUGCUCAUGAGGCUCUGAAGAUCGGCCUGGUGGACCAGCUCGUACCCGAGGGCAAAGUUCUCAGCACGGCUGUGGAAACUCUGGGCACAUGGUUGGCUGUCCCAGGUCAUGCCCGGGAGAUAAGCAAGUCUAUGAUGAGGAAGCCUACAGUUGACAAGCUGCUAGCGAACAAAGAAGCUGACAUUAAAAACUUUGUCAGUUUCAUCACGAAAGACUCGAUCCAGAAAUCUCUUGGGAUGUAUUUGGCAGCACUGAAAAAGAAGAAGGCCUGAAGGCAGGACUAAAUCACGUCCCACAUUUCCUCUGCUUUCAGCUGUGUCCUGUUUAAAUAUGACCAGGCUCCUGUUUCUUUAUGGCAGAGGUUGUGAUGUUGGGUUGCACUACGUUCGUGUUGUGAAUCUGACUUUUUCUGGCAAACACUGUAACAGUUAUGAGAUGGGUGUGUGCGCGUACAUGCUUCUCCACCUCUGUUGUAGGUCUGCACAGAGGUGAGGCUCUGAAAACUGCAAUAGUGUUAGUUAAGAAGAUGAUGGCUUGGUUUCAUGUACAAUUACACCAUUUAAUGAGUCCCCAUUUAAAAUCGAUCAGAAAGGGCUAAAACAGCACCUUAGUUGUCCCAGGAUUACCUUUGUUCUCUAUUAAUAAUGAAAAUGCAUAACAUUUGUUUUCUAAGGGUUGUUGUUUUUGUGCAAAAGCCUUUAUUGUUCAAAGUACUUCGGAUCAGCACCUUAUAACUUCAUAUAGCUUCAUAAAAAACGUUUGCACACCAA